AUGGUUCAUACUUACGCCAACAACGAGAACUCUAAUACUGGGCAAUGGUAUCCCAACAAUCGUAGCGAACGGAAAGAAUUACUAGACCGCUUACGUAAUCUUGAAGCUGAAAAUCAACAACUUCGAUGUCACAAUCGCUGCUUACAACAGGAGAACGCUUGGUUGAAAGAUCAAUUAAGUCAGACACAAGAACGUUCAAAAACUUUCGAAAAUCUCAACACUGACAAAGAAGAUUCAUCGGCGAGUCACGCUUAUCCGACGAUAUUGCAGCAUGUUGCAUCAGAGAGAUAUGAGAUACUAGAGAACCUAUAUCAGAAAGCUUCUUCGGCUUUUAUAAACUCUAGAACCGAUGAGGACUUUAAGACGACCCACUUAAAUAUAUUGGCUUUGCAUUGGGCAGAGCUCGAGGAUUAUGAACAAGCCUCCAAGCUAUUAAAAGAUUCUAUUGACAUACAAAAAGACACAUGCGGUCAAUUUCAUCCCGAUCUGGCGGCUACUUUAACUAACUUGACGAUUGUUUACAGUAAAUGCGGUCACUUUGAGAAAGCUGAGGCUACAUGUUUGGAAAUUGUGGCCAUAAAACAAAAAUUGCGUGGCGCAGAUCAUUUAGAAGUGGCAUCACAUUUAAGUGACUUGGCUUCAUUCUGCCAACAUCAAGGCAAAUAUGAAGACGAGCGAAUGUAUCAUCACCGAGCUUUGCAUAUAUAUGAGUCUCAACUGGGCGGCAACAGUGUUUGUGCUACACAUACGAAAUUGCUUUUGGCAAAAUGUCUUGUCAGGCAGGGACAAUUCGAAGAGGCUGACUACUUCUACAAACAAAUAUUGAUGCAAGCUUAUGAAAGAGGCUAUGGCUUCGCUGACGACUCGCCUGAAAUCAUUCAGCAGCAGCAAGAUGAUGAAAAUGUUGAAACGAAUGUAGCGAAUAAG